CAUAUGUCAUUUAAUUCUGUGCAAGUGGAUUUUUAUUUUCAUAGCUAUCGUACAAUCAUCUGCAAGGCACCAAGAUUUCUAAAAAAAUAACUUGGUUUCAUCUGUAAACUCAUCAAUAUUGUGCUUAAAUCGAUAACUCCGCAAGUUCUGCACGCAUCGCUCACAUUGCAUUCUAACAACGCAGUCAUUGUGUGCAUAGUGCUUCAAAAACGCAGUGAUGUCACGCAACUUAAACAAUCCACCCGGUGGUCAUCGUGAUUAUGGUGCUACCUCGAGCAGUACAAACGCUAUAUUGCCGGAUGUCAACUUUUCGGGUUUCAGUCCCACUGAGUUCAUGUCGUUAAGUGAGGAUAUUGGUCAAAACAUUAGCGCAGUAAAUUCUAGCUCCAGACAAUUGGAGAAAAUACUUAAAGUUAUUGGCACACGCCGGGAGCAACAGGCGACACGCAACAAGGUACAUAACAUACACGGUGAGGCGAAUACGCGCAUUGAGACGCUCAGUCGGGAUUUACAGCGUCUAACGUCUGUGGUUCGACGAGGUGACAAACAACAAAAGCUACAGCUUGAAAAGUUGACAAAUGAUUUCCGCAAUGUGGUGGAGAAAUAUUCAUCCGUACAGAAACGGAUCACUGCGGCAUUGCGGCAAAGUAUUGAACAGCAGGGGCAACAACAAGAUGAACAGGCAGAGGCAGAGCGUGCGGAAUUUUUGCAACAACAGGCUCAAAUGACGGCAGGCUUGCAAUUCGAACAGGAUAUGAUGGUUGAUAGGGAACGUCAGCUGCGUCAGAUUGAAGCUGAUGUGCUGGACGUGAACGCGAUUAUGCGACGCGUAUAUGAUAUCGUGCAAACGCAGGGGGAACAAGUGGAAAACAUAGAAAGUAGCGUUGAAACCGCUGCAACUGAUGUGGAAUUGGGACGUGAUGAGCUGGCUAAAGCCGCGCAGUAUCGUCGAAGUUAUCGUCGCAGAAUUCUUAUACUUUUGGCGGUUGCUGUGAUAAUAGGAUUAAUUGUGACAGGCAUUAUUGUAGCCAAGAUAACUAGUUAAUUUGUUAUAUGUAUAUGUAUGUGUAUGUGUUGAUGUGUUUAAAACAAAAUGGUAUGUUUUAAAAAUGUUGUCAUUAUAAUGAUAACACGCAUACAAACAUGUACGAAUGUGUGCUUCUACAAGAAGUGUUUGGACUUUAAUCUUUUUUAUUGUUAUAAAUGUGUGUUUAGUAGUGAGUUAAUAAAUCAAUAAGGCCCGUAUUAAUAAUUAAAAACUGAAUACGAAAAUCAAAUGCUACAAAUAAAUUAUAUACGUACAUACAUAUGUACAUGUUUAACCAAUAAAUAAAAUACAUACUUUAUCGCUAAAA